UACCUAGGUAACUCGCACAAUCUUUCUCUCUAAACUGCACCUUCCGUCGUCGCUCUGCCUUGGCGAAAAGCUCUGAUGCUUGUCUCAUCUCGACCAAUUCGAGUUGUUAUACCUCGCUCUACUGUCGCGAAACGUCACCUUCGAUGUCUUCAUCAAGCUAGUCGGCCUCGGCCACAGCAUGCGGCGCCUUCAUCUCAAGUUUGGCGAGUCCCGAAAAGGGGUAAGAGGACUCAAACUUCCCUCAAUCUGCAUGACCUGCCACAAAGCUCCAGGCAUUUGGAGUCUAUCGACAAGGGUAAAGGCAUAGGAGUCUCUCAGGAUGACCAGGACCAAAACCAGAUCGCAACUCCACUAGAACCUUUAGUCCUGCAAGAUGACACUCCAUCGUAUCCAACCGUGAUAUUGCAAGCACGGAAUAACAUGCGCAAAUUCGAAAACUGCGUUUUGUUAACACGUGUGGGUGGUUUCUACGAGAUGUACUUUGAACAUGCCGAGCAAUAUGGACCUCAAUUAAACUUGAAAGUGGCCGAGAAAAAGACCAGCGCAGGUCUGGUUCCCAUGGCUGGAUUCCCAAUUUUUCAACUUGACCGCUAUCUAAAAAUCCUUGUUCAGGACUUUGAUCGCUAUGUGGCGAUAGCUGAAGAGUUUCCAAACGACGCAUCUGGACAAGUCAAAGCUGGGGGCUUGAUGCAUGACCGACGCGUGUCUAGAGUCGUCACUCCCGGUACUCUGAUUGACGAGAACUUCAUGGACCCUUUCAGCAAUAAUUAUGUUCUGGCUAUUUAUCCGAGCAAUAAUUCACAAGACAAUCUCAAUCGCCAACAUCCCCAGGUAUCUAUUGGCCUAGCCUGGCUCGACUUGUCUACCGGUCACUUCUUUACUCAGUCUACCACCUUGACAAUGCUUCCUGCCUUGUUGGCGCGUAUAGGGGCACGAGAGAUUGUCCUGGCCGAAGAUCUCAAGUUCUCAAAGGACCAUGAGAUUUUCAGCGUUUUGGGCGACGACCACAGUCUGAUUACCUAUAUAGACGUGGCCGCAACGAAACCUUUAUCAGAAUGGGCACCCAUGUUAGAAUCGCCGGUUUCUCCGCGCCUAGCUGCCGAAUUUACAGAUCAAGAGAUAGGAGCAGGCAGUAUUCUCAUUCAGUACGUUGAAAGUCGAUUACUUGACAGCAAGAUGAAACUACAACCCCCUUCACGGCAGCUAGACGUAAUGGGUAUUGAUAAGAAUACCAUGCGAGCACUGGAAGUAAGGAGGACUAUGAGAGAUGGUUCUUCGAAGGGCAGCCUGCUCCAUACAAUUAGAAGGACUGUUACCAAAGGUGGCGCGAGGUUGUUGGAGCAUUGGCUCUCUUCCCCGUCAACUUCGGUUGAUGUUAUUGAUGCUCGACUUGACUUAGUAACAUACAUGUUGAAAAAUGAAAUACUGCGAGAGCGAUUACUUAUACUCUUGAAACGAAGUCACGACUCGCAUCGCCUCUUACAGAAAUUCGCCUUUGGGAGAGGGGAUGCAGAUGAUCUUCUAGCGUUAACGAGCGCUGUAUUUGCGACUCGAGAUCUCGUGUCAACUUUGCAGCAAAGUAAUAGCGAGGAGUCAUGUGUCCAGAAUAUGAUAUCUCGCAUCAACCUCGAGGGCCCUAUCGAUCUAGCAAAUUCAGUUAGAGAGGCCAUAGAUGAAGAUGGGCUGGUACAGCAGCAUCGCAUGGAAGACAGCCAGGCGGGAGAGAUGCAAGCUCUGACACAGGAGGUCGUUACUUCAGAAGGGUCAAGCGAGGAUUGGAAUGUUCUUCCAAAAUCGGCCCGCAAGAAGAAGCCGGCCUCUCUGAAAGAGCUUUAUGCCAACGAACAGGAGGUAUGGGUUAUGAAACCAUCAGCCAGUCCUCUCUUGAAACGUCUCCACGAAGCCCUUGCGACAUUAGGUACGGAAAAAGAGGAUUUGAGCAAAACGCUGGGCACGCAGUUCGGUGCUUCUACCCUCACCCUGCGCCAUUCACCCGGCUUAGGGUAUAUAUGCCAUGUGAAAGGUAAAGAUAUGAAACUUGAUCUUUCUACCCUUCGAAGCGUCAGUUCCAGCAAGAGCACAAAGUCGUUCCACCACCCUGAAUGGACUCAUCUCGGAGAGCGAAUCGAUCAAUGCAAGAUCCACAUUCGAGCCGAAGAGCAACGAGUUUUCAACGACUUACGGGAGCAAGUUAUCCAUAAUAUCGUCAAGCUGCGACGGAAUGCUGCGGUCCUUGAUGAAAUCGAUAUAGCUUGCUCCUUUGCAGGACUUGCAGCAGAACGACAUUGGACACGACCAAUUCUAAACCAGACUCAAUCGCACAAAAUCGUUGGGGGCCGUCAUCCCACCGUUGAAGGGGGUCUAGAAGAAGAGGGACGGACAUUCGUAGCAAACGACUGCUUCGUCGGAGAUGCCCAGCAAACGUGGUUUAUCACCGGUCCCAACAUGGCAGGCAAGAGCACAUUUCUACGACAAAACGCACUGAUUACAAUUCUUGCACAAAUCGGCUCCUAUGUUCCAGCCGAGUACGCCGAGCUUGGGAUCGUGGACCAGAUUUUCAGUCGAGUCGGGUCUGCAGACAAUUUAUACAAAGACCAGUCGACUUUCAUGGUGGAGAUGCUUGAAACAGCAACUAUCCUCAAACAAGCAACGCCAAGGUCAUUUGUCAUAAUGGAUGAGAUUGGGAGAGGAACAACAGCAAGCGACGGGACCGCCGUGGCAUUUGCGUGUCUGCAUCACUUGAAUACGGUGAAUAAAUGCAGGACUUUGUUCGCAACACACUUUCACGACUUAGCAGAUCUGCUCGAAGCGGAUGGUAUUAAUAGUGUGGGGUUUUAUUGCACAGACGUUCAAGAAGACAGGGAGGGAGGUGGGUUCAGGUAUGUCCAUAAGUUGAAGGCGGGAGUCAAUAAACAGAGUCACGCUCUCAAGGUUGCGAGGCUAGCUGGACUGCCUGAAGAGGCGAUUGCUGCGGCAAGACGAGUUUUGGAAAAGAGUGUAGAAUCUGUGUAAGAUGAUUAGUUGUGAUUCUAGAUAUCCUGUACACAUAACGAGAGAUUGUAAUAUUAAGAGCAGUCAGGAAAAAAUUAGAGUUGUUGUUUUUGG